AUGUCUCGCAUUCAACGCCUUGGUUUGGGUGCUCAUCCCCCCAAACAAGAUAUUAACCCAGAACCAGUACUAGAUGCAGCAUGGUCGCUAGUCGGUCCAGGAAAAGGCACACUUCGGGAGAGCCUUGAAGAGCUAUACUGGGAAGGAGUGGAAAACGAGCUUGAAAACAUAAUUCACACUUUGAAAGUAUGGCAACAGCCUCAGUUUGCGGGCGUGACUGUACCGGACGAAGACGAUGAUUUCAUCCAUGGCUUUGACACGUUUGUGGAUCAAGUUAGCGAAGAGGCGCGAGAAUUCGCCAAUAGAUAUGAUAAAAAACAAAAUAACAAGAAUGAUGAGCAUACGCCUGGGCUUCCUGAUUAUGCUAAAUACUCGGACACAUUACAAGAGGCUGCAAUCGACCGCAGGGCAGAAUACAUAAGCUCCAAGAUAAAGUCUUCCGUAAGAGAAACAAUUGAUGAUAUUCUAGAUCUAUCUAGGGACGAAAAAAGAGCUUGGAUGCUACUUCAGGCCACAGUUUCUUUGUCACAUUUUGAUGAAAAAAGUAUGCCUUUGUUCCAACCUAUGCAUUGUCAACGCUCAGGAUGCAAUGCUAUUAUUAGUGGAAGCAUGUUUACCUCCCACAAUCCGGGCGAACCUGGAGUCAUCUGCGAGGAUUGCUACUGGAAAUUCUACUAUGGCAAAGAAUCCUAUUCCAAAAAGUACAAACACUGUAUUUUGCCGACGGCGAUUACACCGGAAGUGAGCAGGAGAAUCUGUCAGUGCGAAGGGGCCAGUGGCAAUGAAACGGCACCAUUCCCAAUUGAUAAAAAUGCCAACCAUGCAAAAGUGGCUGGGAACGCAGCCAUGCAAUGCGAUCUGCUCAAGCUCAAAGAUGCCAUCGCCCAAGCUAAACAAACAGGCUUUGAACAAAAUGAACGGGCUGAGGGGGGCACGUUCUCGCGAUUGCUUUUCAAGUUUGCUUCCCAAAGGACACAAAGUAUAAAAAGUGAAAACAUACCGGACCGACAGGAAGCAUCCAAAUUGAGGAAUAUCAGACUGAGGAGAAGUUAUAAAAAUUCAGCUACUUUAGACCCGCAUAAGGAUUUUGGUAUCCCGACCUUUCUCAGAAAAUGUGCUGAAAAAGACCCGUUUGGUGACAUUCACAUGGCACUUCGCAUUGGGCCGCUCAUUAUAGAGAAUGGUGUAUCGCACAGCAAGAAUGGCGCACUCAUCUCACUUAGGGAGAUGCCCGUCUUCCACCAGCGAUCCGAUCGGGAAACCCAUACACGAAGGUUAGCAAUCGCAGGCUCUAGUGGUCGAAAUCUGUGGGAGCAAGUCUGCCCUGCUAGAAGUGCUAGGAAUUACAAAGUAGUUAUGAAGCAAGUUGUCGGUGCUCCUUUUAGUAGCCUGCUUCCCCGAGACCCAGAGAUUGACAUAGUCCAUGAAAUCUUGAUCGCAAGCAAGGGACAUCCAGAAAAGAACGAUAUUUCCCGGUCAACCCUUAAAAGGGUGCUAGAGAAGGUCAAGGUGAUUCUUCAAAGUCGCGUUGCGAUCUACCUUGACAGUAUCACGGAAAGGCUUUUGAGCUCAGAGACUCGUAUCGCCUGGGAUGCCUUGAAAAACAACUGCAAUGCGUUCUGCAACUCACUUAUUAGUCGCCGCAUCUUUGAACCGCUGGUGCAUGGGCCGAAAACACUCCGAGGCCUCGAGGAAUCCGAACCUCUAUAUCUGAUGAGCUUCGUAUGCCCUGAUGAGGGUUACGUGCAGCCAGUAAUGAGGACCGAAUAUGACGUUCCUAGCGGGCUUACACAAGAGUACAUGCUACGAUUUUUCUUUGGCCGAAAUAAUGAAGCCGACAUAAUCGACACUUGCCAGGAAUACUGGUACGAUUGGGGUGCUCUGGGGGGCCCGCUGUAUAAGUACCAGGAUAUUUUCCCCUGGGACUGCACUGAGGCGUACGGACGCUAUCCAGUUUGCUGCGGCGACUGUAACCUUUCAAAGCAUAUUUGGGCAUUCCCAUAUGACUCAUGGUCCAUGGUGUCACACCAUUUGGCGCGCGAUAGACACAUGUACGCCCCAAAUACGUUGCCCCAGGAUACCUCUGCGACAAGCCCCUAUUCUCACCUUACUUCGGAAGCCUGGAUGCGAAACCGGUUACAGGUGUUGAGUGCCUCGGCCAUUCUAUGCCGUGCAGCAGCAGCCAUGUCCAAAACGGCAGCAUUUCACGCCACAACAGCCUGGCUACAUUCCUCAGGGCCAGAAUCGGGAUCUAGACUAUUAGCCCUACAUCCAUCGCUAGCCCGUGUCAAACUUGGUGGCAUCCAUCGCGCUCAGCCGUUUAGCCACUACUUUGAAGCUGGGCAAUCCGACCAAUACUUCCUCGCCGAAUGGGCUUUGUUUUCGAGGGCCGAGCAGAUAAAGGACUAUGAGAGAAUGAGAAACGAGCGCAUGAAGCUCACAGAGCUUAAGCAUUUAAGGGCAUCGGAAUCUGUAGGAACUGGCCUGACCUACUUUGGUCAGCGCAGAGGACGCGAUUUUCGAUACAUAAUAAAGGAGGACACGGCGAUUUCCUAUACGGAUGCAGGAUUUACAAGUCAUGCUGCUGGCGCAGUCCCUGGCGGAUGCUUGUGGGAGUAG